AUGAUGAAGUUCAUUCUUCUCUUUCUCUUUGUUGCCACCAUCUUGGCUCAAUGUCCCGAACAAUCCGAAGCAGGUCGAAGACUUUAUCGCUGCGUCAACACAACCAGUGGUCAAGUUGCUGGCCAUCCAUCUCCCAAGAAACCAGCCGUUUAUGAAUAUCUCGGUAUCCCAUUCGCACAACCUCCCAUUGGCGAUUUAAGAUUUGCUCCUCCACAACCAUUCAUUGGAAAUGAAUCUCUUAAUGGUACGGAUUUUGGUUAUACUUGUCCAAAGCUUUUCUCAGAUGAACUUUCACUCAUCCCAUCAAACUUCCCAGAUGUAGUCGAUAAUUACACAGCUUCUGGUAUCAGUAUCCUAGAUACCUUUACUCAAGCAGGUGAUGGACCUAGAAACAAUGAAGAUUGCUUAACACUCAAUGUUUGGGUUCCCAAACCAGCUCAAGCACCAGAUGUCGGAACCAAAAAAGCAGUCAUGAUUUGGAUUUACGGUGGUGCUUUCAGAGAUGGUGCUACUGCAUCGCAUAUCUAUGAUGGUUCAACUCUUGUGGAUCAAGAAGAUGUAAUUAUGGUUAGCAUCAAUUACCGCGUGAACAUCUUUGGUUUCUCCGGCGAUUCAACAGGUCCAACUAGCAAUUAUGGAAUGCUCGAUCAAAGACUAGCUAUCGAAUGGGUUUAUAACAACAUCGCCAAUUUUGGUGGUGAUCCAUCUCGUAUCACUCUCUUUGGUCAAUCAGCAGGAAGUUGUUCUAUCGACUAUUAUUCCUACGCUUACCCACAAGAUCCCAUCGUCUCCGCCAUGAUCAUGCAAUCCGGUACCAUCCCCGCUCUUCCCACUCUCACCUCUUCCGACGCCUUCUCCUCCUGGCAAAACACUUCCUCGUCCCUCGGCUGCGGUGAUGCCUCAGUCGACCCCAAUUCCGUCAUGCAAUGCAUGCGCAACCCCAAUCUCACCACAUCCGACAUCCUCCAAAUCGCGCAUCUCUACACCUUUCUCCCCUCCAUCGACGAAACCCUCGUCUUCUCCGACUACCCCGCUCGCGCCGCCGCAGGAAAUAUCACCACCCUCCCCCUCCUCAUCGGCAACACCGAUAACGAAGCCGCCGUCUUCGCCGCCCAAUCCCUCAUGUCCGGUAACCCAGUCGAUAUCCCCCAAAUGACCAACUCCACCUUUGCUUGUCCCACUGCCGCGCGCGCAAAUCUUAGUGCUGCCUCUGGUGCCAAAACAUGGAGAUAUCGCUAUUUCGGGGACUUUCCCAAUUUGCAAAUCCAGAAGGGGGUAGAUGCGGGAGCUUUCCACAUCAGUGAUGUGUAUAGCGUUUUCGGCACGUGGCCCACCGGAACAGGCAUCACGGGCGCGGGAAAAGAACAAGUUUCGUUGGGAAGAUACAUGAGAGGUGCUUGGGCGGCUUUUGCAAAGGAUGGUGAGCAGGGGUUGAGUGCUUAUGGAUGGCCGGUUUAUAAGCCUGAGGAGGAGACGGUUGUUCGAUUGGGUUGGAAGAAUUCGGUGGUUUUGGUUUUGGAUAGUGCGCAGGUUUGGGAUAGUACUUGUUAG